AUGAGGACGAUCCCGCGUGCGCUGGGGGGCGGGCGCGGGCCGCGGGCCACGACGAGCCGCCAGGAGGAGCUCGCCGCCGCCGAGGGCCAGGCCGUGGUGGACAAGCACCUGUUGUCCCAGGCGCUGGUCGACGUCCGCCGCGCGCUGCUCGACAACGGCCCCGGCCUGUGGAACUUGGUGUUCCGACACAUGCAGCGGACCCGGUUCACGCUGAUGGGCAGCGUGCUGAUGACCCUGGCGUGCCUGUGGGAGCUGCUGCAGUCACCGCGCGCCGUGGCGUGGCGCGUGCCGCUGCGCCUGCUCGUGGGCGCCUUCUCCAGCUGCACGGCGCACGCCGUGUGGGUGCUCCGCGGCCACGUCGCCCGCGAGGCCCUCGACAAGGCGGUGGUCCUGGUACGCGUCCUGGAGCAGCGUGGAGGCCCCACCAAGGAGCGGCUGCAGGCGGUCGGGUCACGCGUCCGGAGGACCAUGCUAUCCUUCUGGUGGUACAUUUCCUGUUCGGGAGUCUCAGUGUUCGCCACAUUCUUGGUGGACGGCAAGGGACUCGACGUGAAAACCUACCUCUACUCGUACCUGUCUGUGAGCUGCAUCUUGGGAUUCUACACGCUGAUAUUGCUGCAGCAGGUGCUGUUCACCGCUGCUGCCGAGCUGCUCUUCGAGUUGCCGCUGCCGCUCGAGGCGGAGGGUGGGCUCGGCCCCGUGGCCCGCGUGGCGCUGCUGAUGAGUCGCGCGCAGGACCUGUGCCGCGUCGUGGACCGGGUCUGGCGCCCGCUCGUGCCGUUCCUGUUGCUCACGGUGCUGCUCAUGCCCAUGUUGAGCACGGCCGAGAUGGUGAUUUUCCGCGGUCAGACGGACAUGCUCGCCAUCGGGAGCCUGCCGGCGAUGGUCUUCGUCUUCGUCCCCCUGUGCUUUUCAGGCCAACGCGUCAAGGUUAGGCACGGGUCCGGGGUCCGGGGGCGGGGUGGGUCGCACCACACCGGCCACCGAGUGUUGUGUAAACUUGCUCAUGCUCUUGAUCGUGCCCAUGCUGAAGGCAAGCCGCCGGCGCUGGGCUAA